AUGUCUGGCCGUGGCAAAGGAGGCAAAGCAAAAACAAAGUCAAAGACUCGUUCCAACCGUGCUGGACUUCAAUUUCCAGUUGGACGUAUUCAUCGUCUUCUUCGUAAGGGCAACUACGCUGAACGUGUUGGUGCUGGUGCCCCAGUAUACUUGGCUGCAGUUAUGGAAUAUUUGGCUGCUGAAGUACUCGAGUUAGCUGGUAAUGCUGCUCGUGACAACAAAAAAACAAGAAUUAUUCCACGUCAUCUUCAAUUGGCCAUCCGUAAUGACGAAGAAUUGAAUAAACUUCUUUCUGGUGUUACCAUUGCCCAGGGUGGUGUUUUACCAAAUAUCCAAGCUGUUCUCUUGCCCAAGAAGACAGAAAAAAGCAGCGCCUAAAUCAUCUUCAAGACAACAAACCAAUCGGCCCUUUUCAGGGCCAAUAAAUUAUUCAAACGUUCAUCAACAAUUUAAUAUAUUAAAUCUACAACAUUAAUUUUUUGUAACGUAUUCAUUUUAUAAUAAUUGUCAAAUAAAUAAACAAUAUUAUAUUUUUUUUUCUACUGAUUAAAAGUGACUAUAUUGAGUUGCAAAAAAUUUAUCAA